UUAAAAAAUAAUUCAAAGGUGUUUCUAAUUUCUAGGCCUAAAAUACGAAACUCCAAGAACUGUCAAACGAUAUAUUCUCCCUCUAAAAUAGAUGGCAACUGUUCAGUAUCUGGCUCCGCUAAUAGACGGAUCUCAUUUCCUGCGUUCUCUUCCUCAGCGUCACUUUAUUCUUUGGAAUCAACAGAGAAGGAACCUGCAGAAUGAGUGCUAGGCGUCGUCCGCUGCAUACAUGUGGAGUUUCUUUCAUGGAAAUCGCUCGCAAAGCUUACACAGAAACCCAAGAAUUCAUUGGGCCGUUAGGUCUAGUGACAAAGAAGAUAAUCAGGUUAGCUCCAUUUGCUUCCCUUCUUGUCUAUGUGCUGCAGUAUGAGUAUCUCUUCUUGGCAAUCCUCUCUUUUGUGGAUGAUCAUAUAAUAUUAGCCCUUGAAAGAAAGGUUGAGGCUAUUUUCCCACCAUCGAAAUAUGUGUUCAACAUGGUUGACAAGCUCGUCCAAAUCGUAGAAACCCUUCCAGCAAAAUUUGAUUUUGCUGUUAACAAGUUACCCAUUAUUUUCCACCAAAUUCCAAUUCUAGAUUGGGCACUGUCAUGUGCUAUCUCAUGGCUGCACUUUUGGCUAUCUAUCCUGACUCAUUGGGGAUCAGGAACUACUCACGAAAAGGAGAUUGUGGUCGAUAUAAACUGUAACGACAGCAGUAUUGAACAAACAAAUGUUCAAGAAGCAGUUAAUAACAUAGUAGAGUUCCAAAAUGAAACAAAGGGAUGUUUCAGUCCCAUGACUGCUACAUCAGGCUCGGAAACUGAGGCAAGUAGUCCGAAUGGGAAGAGAUGCACAUACAAGGACGCACUGGAGAAAGUUGUCAAAUCCACAUAUAAGGAUGUACUAGAGAAGGGGACAAGUGAAAGCACACAGAGCACAGAGGGGAGCCCAAAGCAGAUGAUCCGAUCCACUGUUAGCAGUGAAGCAACUAGUCCUAAAGGUGAGAAAAAUGAGAGCAUGAAAGAGAAAGAAUGCAUUGCUGACGAGGAGACAGAAGAAGGCAGUGCUAGCAAGGAAGAAACUGGAGAAGGAGGGGAUCAUACUACGGUCAUGGAAGAUGAUCCAGUCAGUUUACCUACAAAUAAGACGCCAGAAUGCAUCAACAAGGGAGAUCCUAUUUUAGCGCUGUUCGAGUCUGCUUGGCACAUAUAAAACCUGGAGAAAACGGCAACGAAAACUGCUGCUAAACGUUCUACUUCAUACCAAUUGUAUCCUUGCUUUGCACUUGGGUUUUGGCUCUGUUGAAAUGAGUGGUGUUUCUGGGAAUCCACCCUGAAAAUUCUAAUGAUGAGUGCAAGCACUUUCUAACAAAAAGUAUACGGUGAUAAUGUCAGAAACAAUAUGAAAAUCUAUAGAACAUUUCUCCUGUGAAUCUACAGAUACGUCACAUUCCUUGAUCUCAUGGAGAACACCUCUUCCUACCAUGCAGCUAAUUAUCUGAAGUUCAGUUUGUCUUUUCAUGUCCUUUUUUCCCUUUUGAAGAUUAGAGAUAUCUCAUGGAACCAAUUUAACAGGACAAAUCUUCGAGCCCUAUAACUACUUACUAUUGAUUGUUCUUAUAAUUAUAUUUUUUUAUGGUGAUGGCCAUCUGGAAGAAGUUCAUGGCUCUGUGCUAGUUCGUGAGCCACUUUAUAGUCAACAGAGUUGGAUUUACAUCCAGGGCAAUGCUGCCUCCUCUCAACGCACGCCCCUUGGAAAGAAAAAAAAUAAUAGAUGGUCGUUUGGGUUGAAGCCCCAACAACCAGACUUCUGCUAA